GCUGUGAAAAAUUCAAACAGAAUCAUCCAGUCUGAUCAAUCAGCUAACAACACUUCCGAAUCAACUCAUCUAUAAGAAGAAGAAGAUGUCGUCCUUUGUCAACGCUCCCGCCGCCGACUUAACUACAGCUCAAGCUACAUCAUCAAGACCAACAACAGCUCAAGCUGUAGGCAUCAGCACUCAAGCUAGAACAUAUGCUGCCGUCUGUGGAGGGGGGCUUACAGCACCGACAUACAGCCAGCCAGCCGUGAUGGCAGCAGCUAGCUGGAACCCGUACUCUAUGUGGGGGCCACCCCCACCGUGGUACACUACUGCCUACCCUGGGCUUGGACAGCAGCAGCAGCAGGCUCCAAUGCAAGCUCCCCCGCCUCCAUCAGCAGAGCUGUUGGCAGCGUUAGCAGCUACCACCCCCAUAGGCGCCGCCGAAGCUGCUACCACCCCCAUAGGCGCCGCCGAAGCUGCUACCACCCCCAUAGGCGCCGCCGAAGCUGCUACCACCCCCGCCGAAGCUGCUACCACCCCCAUAGGCGCCGCCGAAGCUGGCCCCUCGCAAGCUUCAUCUGACGAUGUGAAGAUCAUAGAGGAGAGCGAUGAAACCAAUUUCAUCGAAGCUACUCCUCCGACUCGUGAGUUGGUCAAACGAUCACCUUCGUGCAAAUGGACGAAAGUGGAGAAAAAGAAGAAGAAGAUGUCUGUAAAGCUGUUCUCUUCUUCUGAGUCAGAGGGCGACUCCUCGGCAGUACCGCUGCUAGCUGCUACAUCAUCAAGACCAACAACAGCUCAAGCUACAUCAUCAAGACCAACAACAGCUCAAGGCAGCAGGACAACACAAGGCAGAGGAUCGGCAAGCAUGACGGCACCGUCUAACUCAUGCGCGCCCCCACCAACAAGCUCCUCAAAAUUGUUUAAUAUUAACCGUUUUAACUUUGUGAAUGAAACUACACGAGUGUCGGAGCUAUUAGACAAUUUUGAGUAUCGUGUGGUGAGGGCGCGCAUCGAUUCUACACAAGAAUCGUGCGGGGACAAGAAGUACAAGCCUGCUCGACAACCAUGA